AUGAAGUCUAAACAACCAUCCGGUAUUAAAAAAUGUAAAAAGAGAACACUAGAAGAAGAAAAGAGAAAGGCCGACGCCGGUGCUCUAGAUAAGUUUAUUCAUAGACAACCUGUUGAAGAGGUUGUUGAAGAGCCUAUUGAAGAGCAUGUUGAACACCAAGAAAAUGUAGAAGUAGAAGUAGAAGAGGCAGAAGAGCAAGAGCCCGUUAAAGAUCUUGUUGAUAUAUGUGAUCCAAGAAGGUGGGAAAAACUUAAUUAUGAAGAGCUUAAACUUUUGGUUGAGAAAGGUCCUAAAAGAGAUACUAGUAUUAUGUAUGGUCCCUACUAUAAAUCUGGUAGACGAUUUUCUGCAGUUUUAUAUACAAAAACUUUACCAAAUUUAGAGAAGUGUGAUAGAGAAUGGCUAGUAUAUUUGAAAGAGUUCGACAAGGUAUUUUGUUUUUGUUGUAAAGUAUUUAGAAAAGGGAUUUCUAAAGGUAAAUUAGGUGAAGAAGGUUAUUCGGAUUGGCACCAUGUUACCAGUAGAGUUAAAGAACUCGAAAUUUCCUUGGAUCAUCUCACAAACAGGAAUAAGUGGUUUGAUAUGCGUAAUGGAAGUUUUUUGGGUGUCAUUGAAAUGUUGGAAGAGUUUGACCCAGUUAUCAAAGAGCAUGUGCGACAGAUCACAAAUGACGAGCUUCAUGUGCAUUAUUUUGGGCACACGAUCCAAAACGAACUAAUACUUUUGAUAGCUCAAGAAAUUAAAGAAGAACUUAUCAAGACGAUAAAAGAAGCAAAGUACUACUCAAUCAUACUUGAUUUAUUUUUGAAUGUUGAUGAUACCUCCGAAAAAGGACUAUUUGAUAUUACAUUUGAGGAGUUAAAGUCUUUUGGUCUUGAAAUUGAUGAUAUGCGUGGUCAAGGCUAUGAUAAUGGAGCAAACAUGAAAAGAAAACACCGAGGAGUGCAAAAGAGAUUUUUAGAUAUAAAUCCUAGAGCAUUUUACACUCCUUGUGGUUGUCAUUCUCUUAAUCUAAUAUUAUGUGAUAUGCCUAACAAGUGUGUUAAAGGAAAGAACUUUUUUGGAUUCAUCCAAUGCAUUUAUACUAUCUUUGCAAAUUCUACUAAGAGGUGGGAAAUCCUAAAGAUAAUGUAA